ACGUCCCCUUGAAGCACCAAUCGCCGAGUUGCCGUCGUUAUAAAGACAGACAACAUUGUGGUGCCUAUAAAGGCAGUCGCGCUGCACUUGCAGGAAGAAUUUGGAUGAACAGCAUUACGGGUAAAUGGAAGGGAAUGGCACGUCCAUCUUUGAUCUCCUCGGUGGACUCCACAUUGCCAGGAAUACCACGGCAGGUACUGUCCGUGUCUAUGGAACCGAAAUACCAGUGCCAGCAGUGUAAGGAGGUUCUUAGGAAGCCCUUCCAAGCCCAGUGUGGACAUCGCUUCUGUGUAUCCUGUUUUAAGCAGCUCACCAGCUCCGGCCCCAUACCCUGUGAAGCCUGCCGUGCCGAGGGUAUAUUUGAAGUGGAUCUGUCUAUGCUUAAUUUUUGUGAGGCAUUUCCAGACAAUGCUGCUCGGAGAGAAAUUGAUAGCUUGCCUGCAAAAUGCCCAAAUGAAGGCUGUAGUUGGACUGGAACACUGAAAGACUAUGAGGUGCAGCACGAAGGCCGAUGUGAGUUUGAGCGUGUGAAGUGUGAAGCAUGUCAAAUGUUUAUCCUACUUACCGACAAAGACCGUCACAAUGAGAGAGAGUGUGAAGCCAGGACUCUGAACUGCAAGUACUGCAAAGUCUCCUUCAGCUUCAAAGACAUUAAGGCUCAUGACGAAAUUUGCCAGAAAUUUCCCAUCCAGUGCAAAGACUGCGGUAAAAAGAAGAUCCCCAGAGAAAAGUUUCCUGAGCAUAGCAAAUCAUGUGCAAAGUCCAAGUCAGCGUGUCAGUUCAGCGAAAUUGGCUGCAGGGCGGUGGUUGACAAUGGCAAACAGCACGAACACGAGCAGAGCAGUAUCACUGAGCACCUGCGGCUCAUGCUGACCGUGCUGUCUUCUGUGCGCUUGCACUCUGAUGGGCCAGGAGAGUGGCAGGAGGACUCUGGUCUUGGGCUGUACCGCGGACCUGAAGAUGCAGCUCCACCAGGGGCCCACGCUGCUGCCCACAAUGCAGCGGGAGGCCCCGGUGUGCAGCAGAAGAUGACAGCACUGGAGAACAUAGUGUGUGUGUUGAAUCGAGAGGUGGAACGCACCGCCCUCAGACUGGAAGCUUUAACGCGCCAGCACCAGUUGGACCAGGAGAAGAUCGAGAACUUAUCCAAUAAGGUGCGUCAGCUAGAGCGAACCCUGACCAUGCGUGAUUUGCAGCUGGCUGAAUCUGAGCAGGCUCUACGAGAACUACAGUUCUGCACUUACGACGGUGUGUUCGUUUGGAAAAUAUCCGAUUUCUCUCGUCGCAGGCAAGACGCGCUAGCUGGCCGUUCCCCCGCCAUGUUCUCACCAGCCUUCUACUCCAGCAAGUAUGGCUAUAAAAUGUGUUUGAGGCUGUAUUUGAACGGAGAUGGCACAGGCAGAGGUACACACCUCUCACUCUUCUUCGUGGUGAUGAGGGGAAAAUACGACGCUCUGCUCAAGUGGCCUUUCAGCCAAAAGGUAACUCUGAUGCUGUUAGACCAGAAUAACCGUGAGCACAUCAUCGAUGCGUUCAGACCUGACAUCAGCUCCACAUCUUUUCAAAGACCAAUUAGUGAGAUGAACAUCGCCAGUGGCUGCCCACUCUUCUGCCCCCUAGCUAAGUUGGCAGGCAAGAGUUCCUAUCUGCGAGAUGAUACCAUUUUCAUUAAAGCAAUAGUAGAUCUAACUGGGCUGUAAUGAGUGAUGCAACAGACUAAACUGUGUGUGUGUGCGUGUGUGUGUGCGUGUGUGUGUGUGUAUACAUACAUACAUUUUUAUACACACAUAUGAUAAAUAUAAAUACACACACAUGCAUACAUUAUAUACAUACAUUAUAUAAUGUUUGUAUGUGUGUGUAUUUAUAUAUAUAUAUAUACCAUCAUUAAGUACCACGUGCACCACAUCAUUGUUUACCAUGCUAUGAAACAAAAUAUGUAUGAAAUACAAAUAUUUAUUAAAAUCAAUCUGCCUGAACUAUGAUCAGGACUGUAUAGGUGCUCCUGAAGAUUUUAAUUAGCCUGAUCGGACUAAGCCCCUUAAGCUAAAAAAAAACAAAAAACAAAACAGCUCUCUAAUUUAAUACGUCUCAUCCAUAACACAGUAUGUAAAAGACGUCUAUGUAGAUAGCAAUAUAUGAAAUAUCUGAGAACUGCCUGUGAAAGGCUGUGGUGAAAGUAUAAACGUGUGUGUGUGUAUAUA